AUGCGAAGCUGGGACAACUAUUACCAAAAUGACCUCGACCAACAGCGCCGAGAUCACUCCGAGGGAGACGAAGACUCCAACACAGAGGACGUUGCCGAGUUACCAGACCCAUCAGAUCUGGAAUCGUGGUUCGACGACGUCGGCGCUCCAGCAAAGACACUUGAGUUCCUGACGUCCGAGUCUUUCCCGUUAUCACCCAACUACUCCGUCGCCGACGAUGACGACGACGACGAAGAAGUAGAAGGAGAAAGUUCUUCGGACCGACGGCCUAGCGUACUGGAUCUCGGCACGGGCAACGGCAGUGCCUUGUUCUCCUUGCGCCUCGAAGGAGAGUACACGGGACGCAUGGUCGGGGUGGACUACUCGAGCCAAAGCAUCGAGCUCGCCAGGAAGCUGUGCAGACAGUACUUCCCACCUUCAAACGCCGAGGGAGGCGGUGAUGUGACGUUCGAAGUCCUCGACCUCGUCAACGACGACCCGACGACGAAACCGUGGUGGCCGACGCCACAGGGCGGAUUCGAUCUCGUAUUGGACAAGGGCACAUUCGAUGCGGUCUCACUGUCCUCUGCGACCGUGACCGACCCUGCGACGGGGACGGAGAGGAGGAUGUGCGAGUUCUAUCCCGCCAAGAUACUCGACAUGGUCAGGCCGGGCGGGUUCCUGCUGAUCACGAGCUGCAACUGGACGGAGGAGGAGGUUGUUUCGUGGUUCACCGGCGCAGAGGCGAAUGGCACCGGCAACUUCGCCGUCUACGACAGAAUCAAGUACCCCGUUUUCGAGUUCGGGGGACAAAAAGGCCAAGGUGUGGCGAGCGUGUGUUUUCGAAAAUCCCAAAACCCUACGAGUACUCGGUGA